CUUGGCUCUCGUUACGAAAGGGUGUCUCGCGAUGUCAGCCACAGUUGAUUAAGACCUGGAGCUGCUAAAUCCCUUAAUCAACGGGAAAUUAGUCGACUUCGGACACGAAAGGAAAAUGCCUGAAGCGAGCAGUAACACCACAUGGGCGAUUGUGGGCGCCGGUAUGAGCGUGGCGGUGCUCAUGGCGGUGGUGGCGGUGUGGGCGGUGCAGCGGUUUCGCCACAAACGGAGGGCUGAGAAGCAGUUGGAAGGAGUGAGGCUGGUCAUGAAUAAAUCGCCGUACGACCCGAGCCAACAGGUCCUUGUUCCGACGCAGGUGGGAUGGCGCAGAGAUAGCGUGGCAGACGGGAUGCUGGCAGUGCUGGAAAGUGCCAGGAGGUCCAAGUCAGCGGAGUGCCUGCCGCUUGAGGUCGAAUCAGUCUCCAGUCGGGUCGAGGAGCUGACAUCCAGAAAGAGGUUCCUGUCGACGACGUCACUCAACAUCGACAUUUACAACGAGGAAUCGACACAGGAGGAAUCACAGUCAGAUUUCAGUGUCAAACGCAACCCGUACGUAGAAUUCACCUUACUAUGGACCUCGUGUAAUUCCACCUUCACUGUAUACGUCCUACGGUUAACGAACCUGCCGCCGAAAUAUGUCGGUUGUAGCUGUUCUUUGAUCAUAAAGCUGGUUCGUCCGAAGAUUACAGUGAGCAAGACAUCCGUCAGGCUACAGAAUGUUGAUCUGAACCCCGAGUAUUCCCAGGUGUUUACUUUUGCAGACGUGAGCCUCCAGGACCUCCAACUUAGCGACCUCAAGUUCGAGGUCAUAGCGAGGAGAAGCGGUCAUCUGCUGAAUAAGCCCGUAGCCGACCUCCUCGUGCCCUUGAGCAAGGUCAAACUCGAGGCGGAUAAACCAGUCACAGCCUUGGAGCCUUUGUGCCUGAGGAAGAAGGACGCAGCUCCAGACCGGAACGGGCGAAGAGCCUCGGAUGCGAACUGGGGCGAAAUCCAGGUCCUGGCCCAGUACAAGGAGACCGGGAGCUCGCAGGGAAGGGUCAAGGUCGUGGUUCUGAAGGCGCAGAGCACGGUGGUCAGCGCCAAGAAUUCGGGCGAGUACCACGUGGAAGUGAUCAUGAGGAGAGGCGAAGAGAUCCAGGAAGUGACCACCACAAAAGCGGCGCUCGGACUGAAGCCGGUGUGGAAUGCGCCCUUUAUCUUUGAUGUGUCGCAGGAGAAGAUAAACGAGCACUGGAUAGAGCUGAACCUGGUACGGCUGGGAUGGACCAAGAGGAAGGCGACCCUCGGCCAAGCCUUCCUCGGUCUGGGCACGACGCCAAGGGGCUCCCAGCACUGGCAGAGUAUUGCCGAGUGCCCGGGCCGGGAGGUGACCCUGUGGCACCCGGUGGUUCAAGAGGAGUGACGGA